AUGUACACAUUUAACCCGUCCAAGGCAGAGCCCUUUGGCAAGGCGCCAGUUGGUUACGUCCCAGGAAAGGGAAGAGGAGUAACUGGAUUCUCAGGAGGUGUUAGUAGAGAUGAUACGACAGAUGAGAAGGACAAAAAUGAUUACUCCGAUUUCAAUUACGAUGAAUUUCAUGGCUAUUCAGAAUCUUUAUUUAAAGAUGCAGAAUACGAUGAGGACGAUAAGGAAGCGGAUGCGAUAUAUGACACUAUAGAUGCACGCAUGGAUAUGAGGAGAAAGAGUAGGAGAGAAAUAAAGUUGAAGGAAGAGAUACAAAAAAUAAGAGCACAAAAACCUACCAUACAAGAACAAUUUAGUGAUUUGAAAAAAGGAUUAGCAAGUGUCACUGCAGAGGAAUGGGAGUCCAUACCAACUGUUAUGAAUUACUCAAGACAAAAACAGAAAAAAGUGCCGAAAAAUUACCUGCCCACACCAGAUAGCCUUAUCAUGAGCAGACUGAACGAUGCCAAUAUGCAUCUCAAUUAUGCAGGUUCGACUUCGAAUGGAUUGAAAACGCCUCUGCUGGGGAUGCAAACUCCGCUAGGCACGCAAACCCCUCUGGGCACAAAAACCCCAUUAGGGUUAAGAACCCCCUUGGGUGCAAGUACACCUAUAGGAUUAGGGAUGCAAACUCCAUUCAUGAAAGGAAGUGGGUUUGGUUUGGAGACACCAUUUUUGAGCAGACAUUUAUUAACGGCAAAGGGAAGAAAUGCCUCUUCCUCUUCCUCAGCAUAUAGCGGAUUGAACACGCCCUUCACGUUAUCCGGGUACAAUACCCCUCUGAGUGCUUCCACCCCUGGGGGAUACAAUACUCCUGUCAUGAGCGGAGUAAACAAACUUUCAUUAAAUGAUGUAGGAGAGGCAAGAGGAACAGUGUUGUCAGUUAAGUUGGAUGAGCUCAUUGACAGUGUUGAAGGGCAGACGGUGAUAGAUCCUAAGGGAUACCUAACCAAUUUAAAUGCAAAGAGCUUAGUGAACGAUGCAGAUAUAGCAGAUAUUAAUAAAGCAAGAUCUUUGCUCAAAUCAGUCAUCAGUACCAACCCUAAGCAUGGGCCAGGAUGGAUUGCUGCUGCUAGGGUGGAGGAAUUAGCACAGAGGAAAGAUAAAGCUAAAGAAAUUAUCACUCAGGGGUGUGUAGAAUGUUCAAAGAAUGAAGACAUUUGGUUGGAGGCAGUAAGACUGGAAGAAAAAUUAAGUGAAGUUAAAAUAAUUUUAACAAAAGCCAUUAAGGCCAUACCAACAUCUGUUAAGCUGUGGUUGGAAGCAUACAGGAAAGAGAAUAAUAUAGACGAUAAGAGGAAGGUCUUGAGGAAGGCCAUUGAAUGUAUACCCAACUCAGUUCUUCUAUGGAAGGAAGCUAUAUCAUUGGAGAGUGAAAAUAAUGCUUAUAUAUUAUUGAAGAGAGCAGUGGAGUGCAUCCCACAAUGUAUUGAAAUGUGGAUUGCCUUAGCUAGGCUGUGUCCUUAUACGGAAGCCCAGAAGGUUCUAAACGAAGCAAGAAAAAAAAUACCAACCAGUGCAGAAAUAUGGAUAAAUGCAUCUAAGUUAGAAGAGAAACAAGGAAAUAAUAACAUGGUGGAUAUUAUUAUUAAAAGAUGUAUUGAAAAUUUAUCUUCUAAGAAUGUGGUGUUCGAGCGAGACAAAUGGUUAAAAUUCGCAGAGGAGAGUGAAAAGUCUGAAUUCCCCUUAACAUGUGAAAGUAUCAUCAGGAAUACUAUGAACAUAGGUGUGGAGAGUCUUAAUAAAAAGAGAAUAUACAAACAGGAUGCGGAAAAUUGUAUUAAGAAUAAGUCCAUUCAUACCGCUAGAGCUAUUUAUAAUGAAGCAUUGAAAAUUUAUAAAAUGAAAAAAUCAUUAUGGUUAGCCUUGGCUAAUCUUGAAUUAGCUUAUGGAAGUAAAGAUAGUGUUGAUCAGGUGCUGCAGAGGGCUGUGAAGAGCUGUCCACAGUCCAGUGUCCUCUGGUUAAUGUAUGCUAAGCAAAAAUGGUUAAACAAUGAAAUUGACAAAGCCAGGGAAAUACUAGCAGAGGCAUUUAUGCAAAAUCAAAACACGGAAGUCAUCUCCUUGGCAGCCAUAAAGCUAGAGAGAGAAAAUAAUGAAUUCGAUCGAGCCAGGUUUUUAUUAAAAAAGUCUAGGGUUCAAUGUAACACUCCUAAAAUAUGGAUGCAGUCUGUUCAGCUGGAAAGGCUACUGAGAAAUUAUAAGGAAGCAAAGGAGUUGGCACAAGAGGCGCUACAAAUUCAUAAACGAUUUGACAAGCUGUAUAUGAUUGCUGGUCAGAUAGAGCUAGAAAUGUUGCGUGGGGAAGCGGACUACCUCGGGGGGCCAGGACCCAUCCACGAAAACGGAGUUAACGCAGUGAGUUGUGCCUCUACCAUGCUUAGCAACAGCCACAGUCCAAGCGGCAGCAACGCCAGGGGGAAGAAGCAAAAAUCGCAGCUGCAAGGGAAGGAAGAGGAGGAACCACCUACCAGCAACGCAGGCAACCCCCACGAUCACUACAACCAUGCACAGAAAAUUUACGAGGAGGGAUUGAAGCACUGCCCCGCCUCCAUCAACCUGUGGAUAUGUGCCAUCGACCUUCAAAUCGAAAAAAAAAAUUACACCUCAGCUAGGGCCCUAGUGGAAAAGGCAAAAAUAAAAAUUAAAAGCAUCCAUUCGGCCAACAGCAAUAAUCACGUUUUAAAAGGUAAAGAAAUAAUUGAGAGUAACGAAUUUGCACUUGAAGAUGAAGUGAAUAGGAAUGACGAUGAGGACACGAAGAGUGGAAGAAAUGUAAACAACUUAGCUAAUGCAAAAAAUGACUUGAGUAAAAAUACAGCCAUCAAUGCCUCCAUCAGGGUGAUUGAGAAUUACGACUUACUCUGGCUCAAACUGAUAGAAAUAGAAUCUCACUGCAACAGAAAUAAUGUCACUCCUGUCAUUUCGGAAGCGCUGAAGGAAUGCCCGUCCUCUGGUAUCCUCUGGUCCAAGGCAAUUGAAUUUGAAAAUAAGAAUCUUCAAAAUAGCAAAUCUGUGACUGCUUUUAAUAAUUGUGGAAAUAACGCUUACGUCAUUUUAACCGUGGCCAAGUUGUUUUGGCAGCACUUCAAGACACAGAAGGCCAGGAAGUGGUUUUACCGUGUGAUUAGCCUCAGCCCAAAUUUCGGCGACGGCUGGGCCACCUUCCUCGCCUUUGAAAUCGAUCAGCAAAACGAGGUCAACCAGAAGGACAUAAUUAAUAAGUGCAUCAAGGCGGAGCCCAACCGAGGCUACAUGUGGAACAAAAUCACCAAGCGAGUCGAAAACUGGAGGCUCAAGUACCCGCAGAAGCUCUACAAGUACAUCAAGGAGCUCUUCCCGGAAGUCUUAAACAAAAAAAUUUCGGAGCAAAUCUGGAAAAUUAUGAGCGACGAGAAUGUAAGCCUCCCGGUUGCGUCGUCCAACCCCGCGGUAGAAACAGUUGAAGCGGUGGAAGCGACGGGUGAAGACAACGUUGGUGGCGCAAAGCAGGCGGACGACAAAACGCACUCCGCCAAAAAGGGCAAAGCCAAGACCACAGAAAAGAAAACAAGUAAACGUAAAGGCACGAAUGAAGAGGGAGAAGAAACUGAAAAGACGGACCGACGGAAGCGAAAAAAAUGA